AUGGCGUAUGAUUGCAUAUGGAGUGGAAACCUUUCCUAUUAUAACAGCACAGAAGGCGAUAUAUCUUUGUUCCCGUGCGGCGAUAACGACACCUCUUCCGAAAACGCCUAUGACUGGGACUAUUAUUACGACGUGAAAUUACCCACAAGGCUCCGCAAUUUCGUGUAUCCAGCUCCGCACGAGUGGUUUCUCAUUUCCGUUUACGCACUGGUUUUUCUUAUGGCUCUCGUCGGUAACGUGCUCGUCUGCUUCGCCGUGUUGCGGAACCAACAGAUGCGAACUGUUACAAACUAUUACAUUGUUAACCUGUCCUUUGCCGAUAUAUUGGUGUCUCUCAUUUGCUUGCCCGUGACUGUGACAUUUGAGACCACCGAAACCUGGUACUUUGGCGACUUGGCCUGCAAAAUAAUUCCCUAUGUUCAGGUAGUUUCUAUGAGUGUAUCCGUAUUGACGCUGAGCGCCAUUGCUGUAGACAGAUACUUCGCCAUCUGCCAGCCUCUACUCUUUAAAAGUACAGCAAAGCGGACGCUGACUAUUAUAUUCUCUAUAUGGUUGGUAUCGUUCAUUAUACCAAUACCACAGGCCAUAGUGUAUGAGACGGAGGCCGCCGAUACUUACAAAAGAACAUAUAUCUAUUUCACCAAGUGUUACGAGAAAGUUUGGUUUGGCACCAUCCAACAAAAGAUCUACCACGUGGCGUUAGUGCUUGUCAUCUACGUCAUCCCACUUCUGUUGAUUGGCAUCGCCUAUCUGUUUAUAUGCCGGCAACUGUGGGCUACGAUUCCGGGUACCAUGCCUUCUGGGGGCGGCAAACAUUGCCAUUCCAAUGGAUCGGAUAUGAACAGGACGACGAUGAGCCAGCUGAAAUCACGCCGGAAGGUAGCCAACAUGCUGAUCAUUGUUGCCAUUCUGUUCGCCCUGUGUUAUCUGCCUUUACAUCUGUUAAAUAUCAUCAGGCAAUUCCCGAUUUUUGACGAGGUCGUACAAGAAGAUCGCCAUUCUUUCCACAUACCCUUCCUCGUCGCUCAUUGGCUAGCGUUUGCCAACAGUGCCACCAAUCCUGUUGUCUAUAACUUUUUGAGUGCUAAAUUCCGUAAGGAGUUUAAGGCGGCGUUCACGUGUUGCUUGUCUUGCUGCGCCCGGAAACGACGCAGACGCCACAAACGCGGCGGUUACCAGGGUUCUAUAAUGCACAGCUCAAUGGCAUCCACGUCGAAAUCAUACGGGAAUUGUACAGAGCAUAUUUCUAUGUCUACUGUCCGCACUGGUGUACACGUGUAG